AUGAAAGUCAGAUUGUUCCUUGGUGUUCUGCUAUUACUAGACCUUUUAAGUUCCUGUUAUUCUUAUAAGACAAAUACUUUGCCUGAUAUAGAAGAUAGACAGUUUAUUAAGGAGUGCGUGAAUGCUCAUAACAACUUUCGGUCCAAGGUGAAUCCACCAGCCAGCAACAUGCGUCACAUGUCCUGGGACUCUGCUUUAGCUAAGAGUGCCAAAGCAUGGGCAAAGCGAUGCCACUUUGAUCAUAAUGGCUACCUUAAAAUACCAGGAAAAGUGCACCCUAACUUUACUCCAGUUGGAGAAAACAUCUGGACUGGCUCUCUCUCUCUCUUCUCUGAGAGUGCAGCUAUCAGCGAUUGGUAUAAUGAAGUCACAGACUACACUUUUGAGACCCGCUAUUGUACAAGAAUGUGUGGCCAUUACACCCAGGUUGUUUGGGCCAGAAGUUACAAAGUUGGCUGUGCAGUUCAGUUCUGUCCUAGAGUUACAGGUUUCAAAGGACUCACCAAUGGAGCACAUUUUGUUUGCAACUAUGCACCAGCUGGGAAUUCUCCGACACAGCCUUAUAAAACAGGAGCAGCAUGUAGUGACUGCAGUGAUGAAAAGUGUGUGGACAAGCUCUGUGAAAAUCCAGAACGUGAGACAUUGAAAAGUUACUCCAGUUGGUAUCCAGACUGGGACAUACCUCCACACGCCAACCCCUCUGGUGCUCCACACCCCAACCCCUCCGGUGCUCCACACCCCAACCCCUCCGGUGCUCCACACCCCAGCCCUCCACACUCCUUGUGUGACCAAUACUGUAUUACUGUUUUAAUAGUAAGGCUACUGUUUGUGUUACUGAUUUUUGGUGCUGUCUUACUAGUACAAUGGCAGUAUCCCCAGAUAUUUAUAUAUGAGUAA